UCGAGUUCUCCCUGUCGUACCGGCUUCAGGCGUUCCUCCACAUUUGCUGACUUCUUGUGUUAUGGCAGUGCUGAAACAGACCGGGGGACACGGUCCAAGCCCGGAAGAGCUUGGUCCACUUUUGCAGGGAACAAGUGGGAGAGAACUUGGAGACAUGAAUCUUCAACAGAAAGACCCUUGCGGCGGGGAAGGGCUUUCCUCCAGUAACACCCGUGGUGGUGGUACUGGCACCAAGCCGAUGUCCAACCCGUGGCAUCUGCUUCACUCCAUGAGAGCCAUGCGGAUUACAUCUCAUGACUCACCGGUGGAUUCGGUGGAUACUCCUGAAUUGCAACGUGAGGAAGAAUCUUCUAGGAAAACGCAAGACAACAGUAUCGGGGCUCGCAUGUGGGAGCUGGUCCGAAAGAAGCGGCAGUAUCAGCAGGUCCGCAGGCCGAAGGUGGCAGACUGCGGGAUGGGCAAGUGCGGCGGAUCGGAAAUGCAGACUAUGCUUUCGACCCCAGUAGUCACAAUCCACAGCCUGAAGGAGCGCCUCAAUCUGUCUCCCACUCCUCGUCGACAGAACCUACAACAGGCAACACCACUCACAGUAGCACCCAGCGGCGACUUGGACACGAAUAAGAUCAACGGCGAAGUAUGUCUGCUCACAGACAGCCCCUAUCGAAUACUAAGGGCCGCGGAGAGCGGCAAUGUGGAGGAUUUCGGGCGCCUUUACCUGGCAGAACCCGGGCGCCUCGGUGUGCGAGACUCCAGGGGCAGGGCUGCAGCUCACCAGGCAGCGGCUAGAAACAAGCUGAACAUCUUACAGUUCAUCGCCGCUCACGGAGGAGAUCUAAACAUCAAAGACGAUGCCGGCAACACGCCUUUGCAUGUGGCUGUGGAAAAUGAAUCUGUGGAGGUUGUUGAUUAUUUACUACAGAGCGGUGUGAACACAAGCAUACUGAAUGAAAAGAAACAGGCACCAAUUCAUCUGGCGACAGAACUGAACAAGGUAGCGGUACUAGAAGUAAUGAGCAAGUAUAAAAACCGCAUUGACAUCCUGCAAGGGGGAGAACAUGGUCGCACAGCUCUUCAUUUGGCAGCCAUCUAUGAUCAUGAUGAGUGUGCACGAAUACUUAUACGAGAAUUUGGGGCUUGUCCACGAAGGCCUUGCAACAAUGGUUAUUAUCCAAUUCAUGAGGCAGCAAAGAAUGCUUCUUCACGAACAAUGGAGGUAUUUCUGCAGUGGGGAGAAUCUCGAGGUUGUACCAGAGAGGAGAUGAUAUCAUUCUAUGACUCUGAAGGCAAUGUACCACUUCAUUCAGCUGUUCAUGGUGGUGACAUUAAGGCUGUGGAGCUGUGCCUCAAGUCAGGAGCCAAGAUAUCGACACAGCAGCACGAUCUCUCCACUCCUGUCCAUCUUGCAUGUGCACAAGGGGCUAUUGACAUUGUGAAGCUGAUGUUUAGUAUGCAACCUGCAGAGAAGAAGCAGUGCCUGGCUUCUUGUGAUGUACAGAAAAUGACACCACUCCACUGUGCUGCCAUGUUCGAUCACCCUGAAAUUGUAGAGUACUUGGUUUGUGAGGGUGCAGAUAUCAACACUCUCGACAAGGAGAGGCGCUCACCUCUUCUGUUGGCUUCUUCUCGUGCCGGCUGGCGAACGGUGCAGAUCCUCAUUCGGCUGGGUGCAAACAUUCAUCUAAAAGAUGUAAACUACCGCAAUGUCUUACAUCUUGUUGUUAUGAAUGGAGGGCGUCUUGAGGAAUUUGCUGAUGAAAUGAUCAAGGUACAGUCUAAAGCCAGUUUGCUGCAACUCCUCAAUGAAAAGGAUAAGACAGGAUGUUCCCCACUGCACUAUGCAAGUCGUGAGGGCCACAUCCGUAGCCUGGAGAAUCUCAUUAGACUUGGUGCCUGCAUCAACCUCAAGAACAAUAACAAUGAGAGUCCUCUGCACUUUGCAGCCAGGUAUGGGAGGUACAACACAGUUCGCCAACUUUUAGAUUCAGAGAAAGGGUCGUUCAUCAUCAAUGAAAGCGAUGGUGGGGGUCUAACUCCUCUACAUAUUGCAUCACAGCAAGGACAUACCCGAGUGGUGCAGCUGCUACUGAACAGAGGUGCUCUUUUGCACCGAGACCACAACGGACGUAACCCACUGCACCUUGCUGCAAUGAGCGGCUACACACAGACCAUGGAACUGCUGCAUUCUGUACAUUCACACCUACUUGAUCAGGUUGACAAAGAUGGGAACACAGCACUACAUUUGGCAACUAUGGAUAAUAAACCAAGUGCUGUUGCCUUGUUGUUGUCCAUGAACUGCAAGCUGUUGUAUAACUGCCAUGAUAUGAGUGCAAUAGACUACGCCAUUUAUUACAAGUUUCCAGAGGCUGCACUUGCUAUGGUUACACAUGAGGAGAGGGCUCAAGAAGUGAUGGCUCUCAAGUCAGACAAACACCCCUGUGUGACUCUGGCACUUAUUGCAUCCAUGCCAAAGGUGUUUGAGGCAGUCCAAGACAAAUGCAUCACAAAAGCAAACUGCAAAAAAGAUUCCAAGUCUUUCUAUAUCAAGUACAGCUUCUCUUGUCUACAAUGCCCAGCCCUGUACGCACAAGUGGACCAACGCACUGGUGAAGCACUCAUCAUAUCUAAGCCAAUACCUCUUCCAGCUCUCAAUAUCAAGUAUUCAUUCCACGCCUACCAAUCCUCCAAGGACACCGUAGAAUUGCGAAGGAAGCAGCUGAAUGACCCAUACUGGCGACCUCCCCCCUUAUGUGUAGUCAAUGCAAUGGUGGCUCAUGGCCGUGUGGAGUUACUGGCGCAUCCUCUCAGCCAGAAAUAUCUUCAAAUGAAGUGGAACUCUUAUGGAAAGUACUUUCACUUGGCAAAUUUACUCAUCUACUGCAUCUUCCUAGCAUUUGUCACAAUUUUUGCAGCACAACUUAUGGAUGAUAAUACCAUGACUAGUACACCAACAAAAGAUGUUAACUCAACUUAUAAUGGGUCCCAUAAUGUGGCCAGUCCGGAGCCCACGAAGCAUGGCAACUUGCCAGUGAGGUAUACAUGUGCUAUAAUUAUUAUAACGUACAUUGCUCUCAACUCACUGCGAGAAGUGUUACAACUCUAUCAGCAACGUUGGCACUACUUGCUGGAUCCCAUCAACCUGGUCUCAUGGCUGCUGUAUAUCUCCUCCAUCAUUAUGAUUGUACCGGUGUUUGCUGAUCAGUUGAGUGAACUGCAGCUUUCCUGUGCGUCCAUUACUGUGUUUCUCAGCUGGUUCAACCUGCUUUUGUACUUACAGCGGUUUGAUCAAGUUGGAAUCUACGUAGUGAUGUUCCUGGAGAUCCUCCAGACACUCAUCAAAGUGCUUGUUGUAUUCUCUAUUCUUAUUAUUGCAUUUGGACUUGCUUUCUACAUCCUUCUGUCUAGGGGAGGCCAUUUAUCAUUUAGCAAUGUGCCCAUCUCUCUUAUACGAACAUUUUCAAUGAUGCUUGGAGAGAUAGACUUUCUUGGCACAUAUGUACAGCCGUACUAUGAUGAUGAUAAUGGUUUAGAGAAGAAACUACUGCCAUAUCCUAUUCCUGCAUUUCUCAUCCUUGGUCUUUUCAUGGUCCUUAUGCCAAUUCUUCUCAUGAACCUUCUCAUUGGUUUGGCUGUUGGAGACAUUGAAUCAGUUAGAAGAAAUGCUCAGCUCAAGAGACUUGCUAUGCAGGUUGUGCUACAUACUGAACUUGAACGCAAGCUGCCGCAGUUUCUGCUGGAGAGAGUGGACAAGAUGGAACUCAUUGAAUUUCCUAAUGAUACAAAGUGCAAGCUUGGGUUUCUGGAUACAUUACUGAGGAAGUGGUUUUGUAAUCCCUUUACAGAUGAUGGUCUUGAGAUUGUGCUGGACAGUUCAGAUGAUUAUGUGUCCGAAGAGCUAAUAAAGCAGAAGAGGAGGCUGAAGGAGAUCUCAUCAGCACUGGAAUCACAGCAUCUACUCCUGCGUCUCAUUGUCCAGAAAAUGGAAAUCAAGACAGAAGCAGAUGAUGUUGAUGAGGGAGUUUCUCCAAGUGAUAUUCGCCCCUUGCUUGGUAUAGCUAGUAAAUGGACUUCUCCCAGAGUCCGCAAGAAACUUCGAUCUACAUUAAGCUUCUCGAAGAACCAGACAGCGUAGCAACUUAGACCUGUGAAAAUUAUAUUUACUGUCAUUUAGUGGACAGAUUUUCUGUAAGAACAGUGAGACUCAGCAUUCUGCAGUGUAUGCCACUAAAUAUGGUCAAUAGUACAUUCUUAUGGAAUAACUUUGUUGUAUUGACUAAAUUCUGUAUCCUAGUCACCAAGAGUAGUACAAUCCACAAACACCGCAGCAUAUGGCAGUAAAUAGGCACUUUUAAAAUAACUGCUGAAAAUUUUCAUAUAAUUACUUACGAGCUGAGGGACUGUCAGCUUCUCUGUAAGGACAGUGUUCCAUGGAGUUAGUUAAAAUUUGUUACAAGAGUAUUGAAAAUAGCUGCCCCCAAUUUUUUUGACAUUCCUCUUAAUUUUCAAUGUGUUAUCAUUUUAUGUGGCAUGAUUAUAGUCACUGUCAUAACUAAUGCUUUCACUGCAGCCAAUGUGAAGACACUUGUCCCUGAUAAGAUUCAUCUGUCCUGUGAAUCAUUCAAAUUGAAUAUACAAUUUCAUGUUUUAUUUUUUCAUUAUAUUUUCAGACUUAUUCUGGUAAGCAUUCUAUCCAUUAUUAACCGAUUAUUUUAUCAUAUUUCCUUUUUAAUUAACUAAAGUUUACCUGCGUAAUCUAUAUAUUAUUAGUCAUGUCUGACACUAAGGAGGUAAGAAAAUUUGUAUGUGUCAUACAUUCUGGACAGAAGUCUAUGUUAAUGUUUGUAAUUUAGAAUAACAGUUGUGCAUAAUACUGUAAUUAAUACAACUGCCUGAAUUAGGGUGUUUUAUAUGCACUUGGUAAUACUUUAUUAAAUAUUGCACAGAUUUUAAGCAACAAAUAGAGAAUCAUUACUGAGACCAUGCGUUUCAUGCAUAAGCAGGGGGUUUUAAUUUCAGAGUGUUUUGUUACUUAUAAAUUCCUUAAGGUGAAUUUUUAAAUCUGUGAUCUGUUAUAUGACAUUUAAAAGUUAGAACCUGAUUCAAAGAUAGUUUUAUUUAACCUGACUUUAGAAAAUAAAUACAGAGCUCAAAAUUUCAUGGAGUACAUUCAGCAUGUGUAAUGUUGCAUUUCGGCCAAAGCAUGUCAUUUUCAUUACUUUCCUACCACUUUGUUGGAUCCAUAGUAACAUCGUAGUCACUGUACCAACACAUCAUAUGUUAAUGCAAAAACAUAUUUAUCUGUGAAUUGUAAGUAAUGUUUUUUCUAUAUACCCUAGUUCACAAGUGGAACAGUAAACAGUUUUGUUUUACAGAAGUAUGAUAUUGUUCCUUGGUUUAAGUAUCACUUCACUAAUGUUCACACUGCACUAUGUACACAUUUCCUGUUGCUGAUUCAAAUCCAAUGUAUAUGAAGCUGUUGUUCUUAUAAAUAUUUGUGCGUACCAUAUUUAAAUGUCUUCUUGUCAUAAAAGUUCAUGAUCCUGGAUAUUGAAAUGGGAUAUAAACUAUAUAUUUGUUAUCAAAUAAUGUAAGCAUAUAAUAAAGAAAUGUAUAUUAGA